AUGGACGAACAACCAAUCAUCGAUAUCAAAGUUCACAAUGAAUAUACAGUAGGCUGGGUCUGCGCCCUGCCAAAGGAACAAACUGCAGCCACGGCCAUGCUGGAUCAGAGACACGGCGACCUACCGAAGCCAGCAAAUGACUCGAAUACGUAUACUCUUGGAUCAAUCGGCAAACAUAAUAUUGUCAUUGCGUGUUUGCCGAAAGGCCAUAUCGGGAACACUCCAGCGGCAACAGUUGCCGCUCAAAUGGUCUCCACGUUUCCGUCUGUCAGGUUUGGUUUGAUGGUUGGCAUCGGCGGUGGCAUCCCGCCCAAGGUCAGACUUGGAGAUGUCGUCGUCAGUACUCCAGUCGGAAGUUUUCCCGGAGUGGUCCAGUGGGAUCGUGGCAAGGCAAAGGAUGGGGGCUUCGAACAGACGGGAUCACUGAACAAUCCUCCGGUCUCCCUUCUCACCGCGCUGGCGAAGUUGGAAACAGAGCAUGAAUUGGUUGGAUCUCAGGUCCCAGAAUAUUUGGAUCAGAUGAAACAGAAAUGGCCGAGAUUGGCAGCAAAAUAUCUCAAAUCCGACUCGCUACAAGAUGUCUUGUUCAAGGCAGACUGCAGCCAUGUUUGCCAGAUCACCACAGGGGAUCACGUUUCUUCUGACAGUACUUAUGAAAGCGAAAAAGAAGACAGCUGCCAGCAUUGCGAUAAGACCAAGGUUAUCAAGAGAAAGCCUCGAGAUAUGCGUGUUCACUAUGGCCUAAUCGCCUCGGGUAACCAAGUCAUCAAGAGUGCCGCCUUCAGAGAUCAACUCAAUAAACACCUUGGUGGACAUCUUCUCUGUGUUGAAAUGGAAGCAGCAGGGCUGAUGAAUAACUUUCCCUGCAUUGUCAUCCGAGGAAUCUGUCGAGGAAUCUGUGAUUAUGCAGAUUCGCAUAAGAAUAAGGAUUGGCAAGAAUACGCUGCAGCCGUGGCGGCGGCAUUUGCUAAAGAGCUUCUGGCCUACGUGAGCCCCAGCGACGUUGAUGGAGAGCACACGGUAAAAAACAUGCUUAGCGACGUGUCUACCGAAGUAUCCUCAACAAACAUUGGCGUUUCCUACAUCAAGUCCAGUCUGGAUAACGACAUGGACCGUCGAAUUUUAGAAUGGGUCACUUCAAUUGACUAUGGACCUCAACAAAGCGAUUUCCUCAGGAGGCGGGAACCAGGAACCGGUCAAUGGCUCAUAGACUCGACAGAGUAUCAGGAUUGGCUAGGGGCGAAGAAGCAAACACUUUUCUGUCCUGGAAUACCAGGAGCUGGCAAGACUAUCCUCACUUCAAUCGUGGUCGACCAUCUUGAGAGGACAUAUAGAGCCGAUCCAACGAUUCGUGUUGCCUACAUUUACUGCAACUAUCGGCGCCAAGAAGAACAAAGCAUCGACAAGUUACUCGCAAGCCUACUGAAACAACUGAGUCAAGGAGAGAACUGUAUCUCAAACCGUCUCAGGGGCUUUUAUAAGCACCAUAUAGAGAAGCGGACGCAAAUAUCUCUGCUCCAGAUCCAGACGGCUCUCCAUUCACUAGCAGAAAAUUAUUCGACGGUCUUCAUUGUGAUUGACGCACUUGAUGAAUGCCAAAAUUCGGAUGGAAGCCGGCAAAAGUUUAUAACAGAGCUCUUCAACCUUCAGAAGACAUGUGGAUGGAAUCUCUUUUUGACAUCGAGGGCCAUUCCAGAGAUCGCUGACCGUUGUAGUGAGGCAAGCAUAUCACUAGAGAUCCGCGCAAGCGCCGAAGACAUAGAGAGAUACUUGAAAGGCAAUACCGGUCAACUACCAGCGUUUGUCCAACAGAAUGAAGAGCUCCAGCAGAAGAUUGCAGCAGAGAUUUCGCAAGCUGUCGAUGGAAUGUUUCUCCUGGCACAGAUCUAUCUGAACUCACUCAACGACAAAAUGACACCAAAGGCCAUCAAAAAUGCAUUGAGCAGUUUUCAGAAGGCAAAUUCAGGAUUGGGCGAGACUAAAAAUGCCGAGAUCCUAGCCCUUGCAUACGAGCAAGCGAUGUUGCGAAUUAAUGGGCAACAAUCAGGGUUCAGAGAACUUGCUCAUAACGUUUUGCUAUGGAUUGUUUGUGCAGAACGGCAACUUACCAUAGCCGAGCUUCAGCACGCGCUUGCUGUCGAAAUCGAUGAGUCGGAGAUUGACGAAGAGAACAUACCAUCCACCCGUGACAUGGUCUCGGUGUGUGCUGGACUAGUCACGGUUGACUACGAAAGUAGCAUCAUCAGAUUGGUUCAUUACACAGCACAGGAAUAUUUUAGCCAAACACGCACACGCUGGUUUCCUGAUUCAGAUAUGAUCAUGACAGAUAUCUGUGCCUCAUACCUCCUAUUUAGAGUUUUCGAAGAAGGGCCAAUGGGCAAUGGCUUUCGGAAACGAUCAAAAACAUAUCCUCUCUACAGCUAUGCCGCUCAAAAUUGGGGGCACCAUGCGCGAAAGGCUUCCAAGCUACGCCGCAAAGUCAUGGAGUUUUUAGAAUGUGAGACAAAAAUAGAAGCAUCCAUCGAGGCGUUCAGGUAUGAUCACACACCAAGACAUGGAGAUGAAGCACCAAGGUAUGGAAUGACAGGCCUUCACUUGGCCGCCUACUUUGGUCUUGGGGAAACAGCCAAGGCCCUUCUCGAGAAAACAAUCGACGUCAAUACGAAAGACGAAUGUGGAUCAACUCCGCUAUCAUGGUCAGCACGUAAGGGGCACGAGACCGUUGUUAAGUUAUUGCUUGCAAUGCCUAACAUUGACAUUGACCCUAAAGGUACAUCAUUACUGAGAGCAGCAGAGUUCGGGCAUGGUGGUAUUGUUGAAUCAUUACUCGUAGCUGGAGCAGAUCCGAAUGUCGGCACUAUGUGGAACACGCCACUAUCAUUGGCAGCAUACAACGGACAUGAGGAUGUUGUUAAACUUCUUCUUGCAACGCCUGACAUUGUCAUUCACUCAAACGGUGAACAUCACGAUUCGCCAUUAUACGGAGCAGUAGAUAAAGGGCAUACCGCCGUUGUCGGACUGUUACUUGCAGGCGGAGCCGAACCAGAUCUCGGGAACACAAGAGGCACGACACCACUCAUGUGUGCAGCAGAUAAGGGUGACGCGACUCUUGUGGAAAUGUUGCUUGCAGCUGGAGCAGACCCCAAUCUCAGAGACUGCGAGGGCAACACAACACUAGGGUAUGCAGUAUUUCGAGGGCAUGACGCCGUUGCGAAGCUAAUGCUCGCCGCUGGAGCAGAUGUGAAUUCCAACCCUGAGAGACCGACUCUCGGGUCAGUACUACAUUUAGCAGUAAUGAAUGUGCACGAGGCAAUAGUGGAACUGUUACUCGCAGCUGGUGCAAACCCAGAGUUUAGAGACAUAUCCGGCCACACGCCCCUAUGGUACGCAGCAAGCGAAGGUUAUGAAACGAUUGUGAAGCUAUUACUCGAAGCUGGUGCGGAUUUCAAUCUCAGUGAUGAAGAUGGCACGAUCCUAUUACAUAGUGCAGCAUUUACAGGAUCUGAGUUUAUCACGGGAUUGUUGCUCGACGCUGGGGUAAACCCACAUCUCGGCGACGAAUACGGCUCAACAGCGCUACACAUGGCGGCAGAAAACUACAGGUAUGGUUCCAUGAGUAUUAUAGGUUUAUUCCUCGAAGCCGGCGUAAAACCGGAUGUUAGGGAUAAUAAGGGCCGAACACCCCUAUGCGACGCAGCAUCGGUAGGCUUUGAAGCGGCCGUGGAUUUCUUGCUCGCGGCCGGUGCGGACCCAAAUCUCAGAGAUGAACAUGGCGAAACACCAUUACAUGCAGUUUUUUCCCUGGAUGAACUACAUGAAGGGCAUGAGGCCACUAUUAAGAAAUUGCUUGCAGCUGGGGCAGACCCUAAUCUAAGAUCUAAAGAGGGUAUAACACCACUGUCGAUGGCGCAGGCGUGGGAGUAUGAAGCUGCUAUUGAACUGCUAUCCAACAAAGGUGCAUCCAACGAGGGUGCUGUGAUUGACUCGAUGGAGAUGGAUAAUGACGGUGGCUUGCUGGCAUGCUCUGAGGCGGAAUGA